GAUUGGAGAAUGAUUUACGGACUGGCCGAAAUUGUUCUUCGUAACCAGAAUUAUUUUUCCCAACAGGAUAUGUUUAAUCGUAUUCUGAAGUCAAGGGCAAAAUGCACGGCAAAUUAAAAACCUUUUUAAACGCGUAAAAUGUUUACAGUCGGAAACCAUCUAUAUGCAGUUCUAACGUGUGUCCCAUUGAAUCAUUGAUCUACAUGAUCUGUAGCUUGAUCAAAUAUGUUUUAAACUAGCCCGGUCAGUUUGUGUGCAAGACGACGUAGAACCGCCGUAUCGCCGACUGUACUUCUUUCCGCCUUCAAUCUAUGUCCAGACUGCAUCCCAUAAUAACUUGAUUGUGAAAGUAAAAUCGACUACUCAUGUAUGAUGUAUGUGUGUUGAUUUAGAACACUACUCUAACGUGCAGUUCGGCCAUGCGAAUUCGUGUUGAAUCAACGGUUGUAGCUUUUACAGGGGCAGCAUGCGUGAAUAUGAUAAAUUAUAGAUGAGAUUUUUCGAUGUGAUCACUGUCUACACAGGAACUACUUUUUCUGCCACCCCUUUCCCGCGGAGAGACACCUCUCUCUCUCCACGUUCUGCUCCCUACGGUCUCGCUCUGUCGUUCUGUGUCGGUUGGUUUAACUCGCUCCUCCUAUUCCCACCCUCGCGAGCUUCAGAACCGGUGUCCUCGGGUCUCUUACUUUCCAUUGGUUGGACUGAGUUGCCCGGGCUGUUGGCUCCUCUCUGCCGGUCCCUUUCCGGAGAGAUGGAGUUCGUGCCCCCGCCUGAGUGCCCAGUAUUUGAGCCCACCUGGGAGGAAUUCGCUGAUCCCUUCGCGUAUAUUAGUAGAAUCCGACCGAUUGCUGAACGGAGUGGGAUCUGCAAGGUCCGCCCGCCUGCGGACUGGCAGCCACCAUUUGCUUGUGAUGUGGAUAAACUGCACUUUACACCAAGGAUCCAAAGACUGAAUGAGCUUGAGGCUCAGACUAGGGUGAAGCUAAAUUUCCUAGACCAGAUUGCUAAAUUUUGGGAGUUGCAAGGAUGUACUCUGAAAAUUCCUCAUGUGGAGCGAAAGAUUCUAGAUUUAUUUCAGCUGAACAAGUUGGUGGCUGAAGAAGGUGGAUUUGAUUUAGUUUGUAGAGAAAGAAAGUGGUCCAAGAUAGCAACAAAAAUGGGAUUUUCCCUAGGAAAAGCUGUGGGUUCCCAUAUUCGAGGCCACUAUGAGCGAGUUCUUCACCCCUACAACUUGUUCCAAUCUGGGACUAGCUUACUGGCUCCUGUAUCUUGCUCAAAGCUGGACAAUAAUGCUAAUGAUAAGAAACCAUUUCUUGCACCUGAUCUCAAGGACAAGGAGUACAGACCACAUGACAUACCACAGCGACAAUCUGUCCAACCCCUAGAAAACUGCACUCCUGCCAGAAGGGCCAAACGGAUGAAAUCUGAGGUUGUCACCAUUAAAACUGAACUAGUAGAAGUUCCUGAACUAAGACCACGGGCCCUUCGUCGUAGAAUGGGAUACACCCCAAAUAAGUGUGAAAAGGAGGACAGUUCUGUUAUAGUAAAGAAAGAAAUAGUGGAACCAGCUAUUGAGAAGCCAAAAGUACGGAAUAAAAAAUCUAGAAGCCAUGUGGAUUUGUAUGCCUGUCUUAUCUGUGGCAGUGGAAGUGAUGAGGAUCGACUUCUGCUAUGUGAUGGUUGUGAUGAUAGUUACCACACCUUCUGCCUUAUCCCCCCACUCCAAGAUGUUCCCAAGGGGGACUGGAGAUGCCCUAAAUGCCUAGCACAGGAGUGUAGUAAACCACAGGAAGCAUUUGGGUUCGAACAGGCAUCCAGAGAUUACACCCUACGUAUGUUUGGAGAGAUGGCUGAUAACUUCAAGUCAGAUUACUUUAACAUGCCAGUGCAUAUGGUUCCCACAGAGCUGGUGGAAAAGGAGUUCUGGCGCUUGGUGAGCACCAUAGAAGAGGAUGUGACAGUAGAAUAUGGGGCUGACAUAGCUUCUAAGGAAUUUGGGAGUGGCUUCCCUGUUCAUGAUGGCAAAUUCCGUGUUAAACCAGAAGAUGAGGUAUACUUGGAUUGUGGUUGGAAUCUGAAUAACAUGCCUGUGAUGGAGCCCUCUGUUUUAACACAUGUCACAGCUGAUAUAUGUGGCAUGAAAUUACCCUGGCUGUAUGUGGGCAUGUGUUUUUCAUCCUUUUGUUGGCACAUUGAGGAUCACUGGAGCUACUCUAUUAAUUACCUGCAUUGGGGUGAGCCAAAAACUUGGUAUGGAGCACCUGGAUAUGCUGCAGAACAGCUAGAGGAGGUGAUGAAAAAAUUGGCGCCAGAAUUAUUUAUUGCACAACCUGACCUCUUGCAUCAGCUGGUGACCAUAAUGAAUCCAAAUACACUAAUGGCUUAUGGUGUUCCGAUUUAUCGAACCAAUCAGUGUGCUGGAGAAUUUGUGAUCACUUUUCCACGUGCAUAUCAUAGUGGCUUUAACCAAGGCUUUAACUUUGCAGAAGCUGUCAACUUCUGCACUGUUGAUUGGCUUCCUCUUGGCCGUCAGUGCAUUGAACAUUACAGAGAGCUGAACCGAUACUGUGUAUUUUCCCAUGAUGAGAUGAUUUGUAAGAUGGCCGCUAAAGCAGACAAGCUUGAUAUUGUGUUAGCAUCUUCUGUACAAAAAGAUAUGGCUGCCAUGAUAGAUGAGGAGAGGGCCCUCCGUGAAACUGUUCGAAGGAUGGGAGUUAUGAAGUCUGAAAAGAUGGACCUUGAACUCCUAGCAGAUGAUGAUCGGCAGUGUAUAAAGUGUAAGACCACCUGUUUCAUAUCAGCAGUGUACUGUUCUUGUAACCCCGGGGCCCUUGUAUGUCUUCAUCAUGUGGAGGACCUCUGUAAUUGUCCACUCUACAAAUACACGUUGGGGUACUGUUACACUGUUGAUGAUUUAUAUCCUAUGAUGAAUGCUGUGAAGUUGCGAGCAGAAUCAUAUGACAGUUGGGCAACAGAAGUCAUUGAUGCUCUCAAAACUUCAGGCAAUAAAAGAAGUCUCUCCUGCCUGAGGUUAUUGAUUGAGGAAUCUGAAGAAAAGAAAUUUCCAAACAAUGAUCUUUUGCGACACCUACGGCUAGUUGCACAGGAUGCUGAGAAAUGUGGGACACUGGCACAACAGCUACUAAAUGGGAAGCGUCAUACCAGGUUCAGGUCAGGUGGUGGAAAGUCUGCAAACCAGCUAACUUUUGCGGAACUCAGGUCUUUUGUAAAACAGCUUGAUUCUCUACCCUGUAUUAUCAACCAGACACCUCAUCUUAAGGAUCUGCUUUGUCGUGUGGAAAAAUUCCAGUCACAAAGCCAAAGACUUCUAUCAGCAGAAAUGCCACAAGCCUGUGAAUUGCAAGAUCUGCUUGACUCUAGUUUUCAGUUUGACUUAGACUUGCCGAUGGGGCAUAUUCGAGAGCGCCUUGAACAGGCUAGAUGGCUUGAGGAGCAGCAGCAGGCAUGCAAGGAUCCCAGGACAUUUACAUUGGAUGUCAUGAGGAGACUUAUAGAUUUAGGUGUGGGUCUCUCUCCUCACUCUUAUGUAGAAAAGGCAAUGGCCAAACUUCAGGAGCUGCUUACUAUGUCUGAACAUUGGGAUGAUCGGUGUAAAAGCCUUCUCAAAUCCAGGCCCCGUCAACCACUUGAUACCUUAACAUCAGCUUUAAGUGAAGUGGAGAAAAUCCCAGCUUAUUUGCCCAGUGUUGAAUCCUUAAGUGAUGCUGUACAAAGGGCCCAUGAAUGGUUGCAGGAGGUGGAAACAGUACAGGCUGGUCCCAGGGUUCCUGUGCUACACACACUGAUGGAACUUGUCACCCAUGGGCGAGCAAUUCCGGUUCAUCUUGCACCUCUGCCAAGGCUUGAAGCACUAGUGGGAGAAGUCCAUGCUUGGACUGAAUGUGCAUCUAACACUUUUUUAACAGCCAACUCCCCAUACACACUGCUUGAAGUCCUUUGCCCUCGUUGUGAUGUUGGAAACUCUGGCUUUAAAAGGAAAACUAAGAAACUUAAAGAGCAGGUAUCCUUAGGUGGAAAGAAAAAGUAUGUGAAGCCAGAUGGUCUGCAAGAACUGGAAAAAGCAUUAAGUGAAAGCAGAGACACUGCCACAGCGAUGGCAGCCUUGGGAGAAGCCCGACUACUUGAGAUGGAGGACUUGCAUGAUUUCAGGAUUUCUAAUGAAAACAGACUUUUAUCCCAUGAGGAACAGAGUGACUGGAAGGUGUGUGUCUGCCAAGGAGAACCAAUGGCUCCCAUGAUCCAGUGUGAGCUGUGCAGAAGCUGCUUUCACACUGGCUGUGUUACAGCUUCUCGACAUGGAGCCCAGGUCUGGCUGUGUCAUCAGUGCCACCGCUCUGAAAAGCCUCCUUUGGAAAAGAUCCUGCCUCUUUUAGCUUCCCUUCAACGUUUGCGUGUGCGCCUGCCAGAAGGAGAUGCCUUGCGUUACUUGAUUGAAAGGACAGUCAGUUGGCAGCAUCGGGCACAACAUAUGUUGUCUUCAAUGGACCUCAAAAUGGUACAAGAGAAGAUUAGCUCAAACCAGCUAUACAACAGGUGGCAAGCAACAGCCGGGCAGUUGACCGAGACCAGUGAUGUAUCGCAGAGUGUAGGGGCCACAUCAUUCUCUCUACCUCAUGAGUGGGACAACAGAACCCUCUAUAUACGAUCCCCUUUUUCUCCUGGACGCAACUGCAUCCCACUGAAAAGUCUCAAUGCUGAAUUAGAUGAACUGUUAAUGGAAGCUCAGCUUUUGCAAGUUUCACUUCCUGAAGUUCAAGAGCUCUAUCAAGCACUUCUGACUGAACCUAGCCCCACACAAGCACCAGAGAGCAGCCUACCCAUGUUACCCACAACAGAGAAAAAGGACCUCUGCAUAAGGAAAGAAAGAUCAGAUAGUACAGACCAAAAGUUGAAGCGCCGCCGUGAAGGAAGAAUGAGAAAGACCCCUGCUUUCCUCAAAAAGAGGGUUAAAGUAGCUAAACCAAAAGACUUUUGUGGCCGAGAGCUACUCCCUGAGGAAAACAGAGCCAGUGAUUCCCAAUGCUCCUUUACAUCAGAUGAGUCUGAUGAUGAUGAUGCAGUUUGCCCUGCAGACAGGUGUAUGGAGCCUGAAGGUGAUGAGGUUGACUGGGUACAGUGUGAUGGGAAUUGCAAUCGUUGGUUUCACCAGGUUUGUGUUGGCCUUUCUGUGGAAACAGCUGAAAAGGAAGAUUAUGUUUGCACACACUGUAAGGAGAUUACCUGUGCACGCAAAUAAGAGAAGAGCUCCCCAUCUAGAUUUGGAACAAUAUAGAUGACUUCCUUGGCGCUGGACUGUAUUAGAAAAAAACACUUGCAGGAGCUUUUGGAUCCAUUUUUUUUCGUUCUUCGAGGCUUCCUUGGCGCUGGACUUUAUUAUAAAAAAAACACUUACAGGAGCUUUCGGAUCCAUUUUUUUUCGUUCUUCAAGGCACUUGUCUGGAUUCCUUUCCAACCUGGCUCCCGUGCAAUUUUCUUCUCAGACCCUCCAAACCUGCUGCACCUUCCACAGAACUCAAAAUAAAAAAAUAACUUUGUUUUGGACAAUUUUGUACAUUUUUUCUUAAUACUUCCAGCUGUUACAUGAUAAUGAUCUGCUGGUUUUCAGCACAAAUGAGUUUGAUAUAGGUUAUUGUUGAGAAAGGUGUUUUGUCCCUUUCAUACCUCACUCCAGGGAUAUAUGAUUAGUGCAGCAGCUAGAAGGGGCCUGAAUGAAGCGUGGAAAUGUUGUAGCUACAUGUGGAGAUCCAGGUUCAUCUCAUGAAAUACACUUACGUUAUAUAUUAAUUGUUUCUUUCCUGUAGGACGAUUUAAGCAAUAACACUUUUUUUUUUUUUUUUUUUUUUUUUAAGUUCCAUAUUUUGGAAUCAAAGUCGAACUAUUGAUCUUGGUUUAAAUGCAUUCUCGGUGCAGAGGGUUACUGUACAGAAAUGUUGGGUUGAAUAGGUGCUUAGAGCAGCCAGAAUGUUAAAGAUAGCAGACUGAGCUGUAAGUCAGCUUCCCUUAAAUCCCAUUAAUUAUUAUUUCUUGUUUGUGCUUUGCGUAGCUUGUAUGAUGACAUUUUGCAGUUUAUAUUGUGGAAUAAAACCCCUUGGUUACAGUA